AUGAGUGAUAUAUCCCCUACUAAUAGCAGUGAAAACUUGAAUAAAGCAUCUCAAGAACAAAAUGUUGAUUUAACCAAACUGACGCCUCAGGAACUAAAACUUUACAAAAUGUACGGCAGGCUGCCAUCCAAGAAGGAUUUGUUCAAGCACAAGAUGCAGGAGAGGAAAUACUUCGAUAGCGGAGACUACGCACUCCGCAAAGCAGGUGUCAUAGAAUCCGAGACAACAAGUAAUAACAAUCUCCCGGUUACGAAUCCAAGCGGUCUGAGAGAAUCGAUAAUACGGAGAAGGAUGAGUAGUAGUGCGGGCGAUUCAGUUUCUAGGAAAGGGAGCAUUUCAAGUGGGCCACCUCCGAGGUCGCCAAAUAAAUAA